GCUGCACACGUACGUAGUACGUGCUACGAUUACCGCGGGGAGCACUAGCCACCACUCCUCCCACGCGCACCGUAACUCUCUGCAAGAGUGAUGGGCCACAUCGUCAAGUGGCGACCUGACCUGCCCUGCCCUGUGUAUAUAUAAGAGACUCGAGCUAGCUAGCACCUUCACCGGCAGCGCGCGUUCUUGCUCGGGUCUCGUCCCAGAAGAAAGAUUCCAGCACCGAGAGCUCGAGGUCGACGACUCACCUUUUGGAAAGGCUACUCGGGUUCUUGUGAGGUGACGGACCUUGCAUCUCCAGUAGAUCGGGCGCGUCCACUGUUCCCAGGACCAGAGCAUCGCACUUGGCAAAGCAGAGGAGGAGAUGGGGAGUACUCGCGGCGGAGAUGCAUCAGCCAUUGCUCUGCUGCUGCUGUGCGCUUGCUUUCUCACCUCCCUUGCAUGUGACGGCACAGAUGGUGCCAAGUUUGGGUACACCGGUCCUCUUGGCCCCGAUCACUGGGGGGGAUUGGACCCCAACUUCACGCAGUGCGCCAUGGGGACGUACCAGUCUCCGGUUGAUAUCAGGACCAGCGACGUGGUUUACAACCCGAUGUUGGGGCCUCUUCACAGGGAAUACACCGCUGCAAAUGCUACCCUCGUAGACAACAUCUUCAACAUCGCGCUGCGAUGCGAGGAUGCUGCUGGGACGGUCCAGAUCGACGGGGUGAAGUACAAGCUGGACAAUAUCCAUUGGCACUCUCCUUCGGAGCACACCAUCAACGGCGAAAGGUUUGCCGUGGAGCAGCACAUGGUUCACUUCAGUGACGACGGCAACAUAUCCGUUGUGUCGAUCCUGUACCGGCUCGGCAGGCCAGACCCCUUCCUCAUGCAGCUGCGGGACAAGCUAUCGGAGCUCUACGUGGAGGCCUGCAGGGCCGAGAAAGGUGCUCCGAUCCCCGCCGGAGUCGUGAACAUGUGGCCGCUGCGGCGUUACGCCAACAUGUACUACCGGUACGUCGGGUCGCUGACCACGCCGCCGUGCACCGAGAACGUCAUCUGGAACAUCCACGGGAGGGUGAGGGAGAUAGCGAUGGGGCAGGCUGCCGCCCUGAUCGCGCCCCUGGAGGAAGGCUACCGGCGCAACAACAGGCCGACGCAGCCGCUCAACGGCCGCACCGUGCAGUUCUACCGCAGGUUCUGGAAGAAGAAGGGGAACGGGAAGCCGUAAGCCUGGUCGAUGCGCCUCGAUCCAUGUUUGGAGAUGAUGAUGAUGCUGCAGUGUCUCUCGUCUUUGCUCUCGGUUCGGGAAAAGUUAUAGGAGUCGUUUAUCUCUGCAAGUCGUGUUAGCAUAUAGGUCUGCUUUAUUAUAGGUUUGCUUUCUCGGUCUUACUCUGAAUUUGGUUAAGUAAGUGGUAGGUCUUUGGCGUCUGUAAAUUGGUCCGGAAGGGUUGAUGUGAUCGAUCCUUCUUUUGUCUACAAAAAGUUAAGCUAAUCAACAAAGUUUCACUUUACGAGCUA